UGAGUUAUGUCCAAUCAUUCUUUGCUGGUGACCGAGUUCAUCUUUGUUGGGUUUUCUGAACGGCCGCAAUUGCAGACGCUCCUCUUUGUUCUGGUUUUCUCCAUGUAUGCUCUGUCCCUUGCUGGAAACACUAUCAUCACCACUGUGAUCAGGCUCAAUCCAGUCCUUCAUACACCCAUGUACUUUUUCUUGACCAACCUCUCCCUCCUAGAAAUAUGCUACACAACCACCAUUGUUCCUAAGAUGCUAGCAAGCCUGAUGUCAGAGCAUGGGAAGAAGAUAGCUCUCUGGGGUUGUGCUACCCAGAUGUAUUUCUUCACCUUGUUUGGAAUCACAGAAUGCUGUCUCCUUGCUGCCAUGGCCUACGACCGCUAUGUGGCCAUCUGUAACCCCUUGCGUUAUACCAUCAUCAUGAGCCCAACUGUCUGUGUCCAGCUCUCCAUAGUGUCCUGGUCAGUAGGAUUGAUGGUGGGGCUGGGUCAGGCCAACUAUGUCUUUAGCUUGACCUUCUGUGGCCCCAAUAGGAUCAACCACUUCUUCUGUGACAUCCCACCACUCUUGACGCUGGCUUGUGGUGACACCUCCAGAAAUGUGAUUGCUGUAUACAUGGUGGCCGUCCUUUUUAUUACCACACCUUUCCUACUGAUUCUGACCUCUUAUGUCUACAUUGUCAUCUCUGUUUUGAAGAUCCCAUCAGCUGAGGGCCGUCAGAAAGCUUUCUCCACCUGUUCUUCUCACCUCAUUGUGGUCUCGCUAUUUUAUGGGUCAGGCAUUAUCACGUACCUUCGGCCCAAAUCCAGCUAUUCAGCUGAGAGUGACAAACUGUUGGCCCUGUUCUAUACAGUUGUGACAUCCAUGUUGAACCCCAUCAUCUACAGUUUGAGGAACAAGGAGGUUAAGGUGGCUUUGAGAAGAAUGAUGGGCAACAAACUAUGCGCUGGGGAAGAUCAAAAGUGA